UGCAGAAAGCCCUUGUGAAAUUAUGCCUUCAUUCGUUUUUUUUUCAGUAUGCCUGCAUUCCGGCUUUUCCCUUUGGACUGCAUGAAUCUGCUGAUUCUGCUUGAAGGGGAAGAGGAGAAAGGAGACAGCAGCAAGCAUAGAAGAAGAGGAUUAUUCUCAUGCCUUACUUGUGUUCGAUUGGAGUGGUCUUGCUUGUACUGAUCAUCGUCACCAUCUUUGCGUCUCAGGCGUGCUUCCUCAAGUCGUCCAUGACAAGGAAUUUCAUAGUUCCCAUUGGGAUGGUCAUGGAGACAGCUGGUAUCGACAACAAUGUCGCUGCAACCACGUCUAGCGAACAGAGCCUCCAAUUGGAGAGGCCUUCCUCUCACUACUGCCACAGCUAUUUUCUUAGUCGUCCUGCACGCCAUCACUACACUUCCUCAGCCUCGUGUGGAUCAUAUCCCAAUCAUUUCAAUGCAGACCGUGUUCCAAGCACAAGGACGGAGGACAGGAGAGAUCCAAGGGUGGGAGAAAGAGGUCAUACCUUAGAAGUUCCCGAGUUGGCGAACGACAGUUGCGAGGUACGGCAAUCGGACAAAGUCAUCCAACUGUUUGGGAACCAAACCAAGAUACCUUCGUCGGCGCUGGCAGCAACGGCUGUGAUUGGACGAGGGCAAGGCGGGGGAGGGAGGAGAAAAGCGCGAACAGUCAAAGGUGGGAGUAGAGUCAAAGCAGGUGAUGAAGCAGGAGCAACAGCAGGAGAAGAAGUCAUGCAACUGUUCAAGAAGCACACCAAGCAACCUUCAGCAAGAUUGGCGGCAGUGGCUGUGGCUGGACAAAGACAAGGAGGGGAGGGCGGAAAGGAAGGGGCAGGAUGUGUCAGAGACGACAACAAAGUAGAAGCAGCCAAGAGACCAGGAACAUCAGCAGGCGAUUUAGUUCCUCCUUCAGAGGUGCCACCAAUGCUAGCAAGUUCUAGGCACAAGCCGUAUGCAACUCGUUCCCACAUCCAGUCAGCACAGGAAACAAGCUCAAUUUCCUCAUGCAUAAGAUCCUUAUGUGUCGCAUUGAAUCUAACGUUCACCUUCAACCUCCCAUCAGGAGAGGAGGCGGCGUCUGGUCUGUUUACAACAGUGGGGGAGGGGCUGAACAUUGGUUCCGAUAAGAUGCAGUGGCCAUCUGGCGUCAGAGUAGUCGCAGACUUGGUCAACGAACAGCCUUCGAGACCGUUGACGUCAUCUAACCAGUCCAUAUCUGCAUCCUUAUGUGCUGCUCUUAUCACACCCUCCUUGCCAGCAGCACCUUUGUUAUCUUCACAUGUACCAAGUCAAGCAAGGGCGCUAUCGGUCUUGCCUGUGCACUCUGCAGCAGCAACAGCUAGGAAUCGCCCUUCCUCACCAGCGCUGUGCGAUGGAGAGUCCCUAGUGAACUGUGACAACUGUCCUCCUCCUCAUUUUGCCCCUGGCUUGACAAUGACGUAUUCGUCCUCGUCCCAAACGGCAGACAUCACAUCAGCAGCAUCACUUGCUGCAGACGCCGCAGACACUGCCACAACGGUGCAGAUUCUUACCCCCUCCUCAUCCAUGCUCUCAACCUACGGAGCCCUGCCCGAAUCCAAGUCCGGGUCUGCUGUCCCCUACCCCACUUUGACCGUUGCGCCUUCUGCGUAUUCCGACAUAUCAGAUACACAAGUGACACCAUAUCUCCUUGUUGCAGAUGCCGAAAGUGCUGCACCUGAUCUCCUUGCUGCAGGUGCCUCGAGUGCUGCAGAGACAGUUCAGACCAUCACUUACACAGUGCCAGUGUCAGCCAGUGAACUGGUGGUUGAUUCUUUGUCUUUUCCAACUCCAUCCUCUUCAGCUGUCCUGCCUCUAAGCCCGUUUCAAAGAUUGGGUGUGGCACUAGCGUCAUCACCUCCGGACACCGCAGGCUCGAUAGAGAACGCAUUGAGAGUUGUGAAAUUGAGUGAUGCUCAUGUAACACAGCGUUCCAGCACAGUAACUGCCUUAGAUUCACUUGCGCAACGCCGAACUUUAGCUGAGCUACACUCAGCAACAUUAUCGCCGCCAGCAUGUAGUCCUCCACUCCUUUCACUAUCAUCCUUGUGUGGUAAUGUCGUGCCAUCAACCUCUUCUUCUGCACAGCCGCAGAAGAUCUCGUCAGGUGCUGCAAUCACACACAGUACGUAUGCUGGACAUGCCUCAUCACCCGCAGUAUUGCAUUUCGAAAUGCCAUUGUUAUUUCCAGCUCCUGCGGAGAUCCCAAGGUCCGCAACUCAUGCCACAUCAGUAUCCCUGACGCCGCUGACAGUAUGCUCAAUGUCAGUGUGCUCCCCAACUUCGGAUCAAGUUGGAAUGUCGGUAGCUACUGCCACAUCAGCAUCCCUGGCUCCUCCUCCGACAUCAAUGUCCCAAGCCGCCACUAUGACGCCAACCUUCUCCUCAACUCCCCGCCGGGUUCCGAUCGCUGUACCUCCCGCCACAUCACCAUCCAUGGCUGCUCCUUCUACCUCAAUGACCCCAUCUGCCACUGUGGCACCAAUAUCCUCCUCAGCUGUAGAUCGGAUAUCAAUGUCCAAACCCACUGCCGCCUCACCGUCCCUGGCUGCUUCUUUGACAUCAAUGCCGCAAGCUGCUGCCAAUCUGACGCCAACAUCCUCCUCCCUGAUGACCCCGAUGCAGCGGGACUUGUCAUCAAAGACUCCUCGUCCAUCUUUGGAGCACCUUUCAUCUUCGUUGUCGAAGUCGUUGACUUCUGCUCUGACACAAGCUGCUGGCAUCUCAUCACUUCCCCCCCAACCAGUGUCUGGUUUCCCGAACUGUGAGCCUCGAGCAAACCCCGACACCAGCUUCACUUGUCCUGGACUUUCAACAUCAUCUCAUGGUAGAACCGAGCUGCUUUUUGAGCUUAUGCCUGAGGCUUGCAGUGGUGUUCAUCCCUUUCUAUCGGCAGGAUUGAAACAUCCAGGAGUGGCUAUGGAGGCUGCUGCCAUCCUGUCUUCAUUGCCAUGCAUUGAUCCUGCAAUCUUGGUCGACAACUUCGAUGGCAGCGUUCAGUUUGUGAGUUCUCUCACAGGUCCGGGAGCUCCUACAAGGCGCGAGUUCAUGGCACAGAACCUGACCGAGGAAACGGUGGACUACUGUCCCAGAACAGCGAUGACUCUCGUUGCGAAGAAAAAUGUGGAUUCCCCUCCAACAUCAUCGAGUUCGGCACCACUCUUAAAGUGUGGACCACGGGUACCAAUGACUGCCAAACGCCACGUGUCAACAGAAGAAGCCUUAAGCUUGGUGCCAGUAUCAGUAGAGUCCAAGCUGGGGCAACACAGUCUCGAAAUACGAAAAGAUUACGCCAGUGAUGAUGACGAUAACCAGUAUGGUGCUGAUAUCGAGAGCAGUGGAUUAUCAAUAGAUUUAUUGCUAAAAGAAGUGGAGGAGUUACUCCCAAGCUUGUAUGGACCCACCCCUGAGUCUCAGGAAAAUGAAGCUGACGAUCUCUCUCCCAUUUUCACUACGUCCAAAUCCAAACAUUAUGACUCACAAUUGUUCAUGAUGUCGCUUCGGCAUCCUGGGGCUUAUGCACAAGAAUCUGAACACGUAAGAGGAGGAGGAGGAGAAAGAGAACAGGAACAGGAACGUGAACAGGAACAGGAACAAGAUCUGAAGCGAGGAGACAGCGUGCCAGCUGUGCUGAACACUGAAAAACAUAUAAGAGAAGGGGGGGGGGGGGACGGAGGAGGAGGAGGCGAACAGGAACAUAAAGAGAAGAGUGGAGGUCGCAUGGCUGCUUUGCUGAGACAGCUUGCAAUUCCAAUCUGCGAAGUUUCACAAAGUUCAGCUCAAACGCUCGAAGAAGGGGAGGAAGAGGAGAGGGAGAGAGAUGAUGACCUGAUGACACUGUGGGGACAAAUCCCAGCUUGCAAACGCGUGCGUGUGAGGAGAUACUCAGUUGAAGCUGAAGCAGAAGAAGAAGAAGAAGAAGAAGAAGAAGAAGAAGAAGCUGAAGAAGAAGAAGAAGAAGAAGAAGAAGAAGAAGAAGAAGAAGAAGAAGAAGAAGAAAAAAAAAAAGAAGAGGAGGAGGAGGACAGGGGGGAGGUAGAAGAUUGGCAGGAAAGGAAGAGAGAGGACUCUGUGCCUCUAUUGCUCGGGCAGAUUGCAUUCCCAGCUACCAGACGCAUGUUUUACGGACAACAUUCAGCCCAAGCUCCAAUCCCAGUUUCACCUGAGGGACCCGUGGGCUGUGGAAACUGGCUGGGUGAAGACUGGCAGGGCAAACAAGGACCACUGGUUUCCUGUGGCACAACCAUUCUUCUUGCCGAUUCGGCUACAACCACAUGCUGUGAAACAACAACAUUGAUAGCAAGUUCGCCAUUCAUUGAUCGGAGAAGAGCUCAGACGCUGCCCGUGGCUAUAAAGUUAGACUGUGAACAUUCUGAAGAAUCUGAAGCCAAAAGUAGUUUCUGUAAUUUUGUGUUAGAUCCCCAAGAGCUAUGUGAAUCUUGGGUCAAUUCGGACCUUGGCCAUGGCUAUGGUGAUAAUGACACAAAUAGAGGGCACACUGGUGACUGGGGCUGGGAGAAUCAGGGACAUCCCUCAGUACUUGAAGCAGGAAAAUGGAGAGGAGGAGGAGGAGGAGGAGGAGCUCAUGGAAGUAUCCGUCGAGAUGGACAUGAUGCUGAUAACUCUGUUUCUGAGUGUGUCGCUUUUGGGCAAGGUGCCAGGAACAAGCAGUCAAGGCCAACUCAAGAAGUGAUGGUAGAGGGAGGAGGAGCAGGAGGAGGAAGAGGUGGACAAGGUCGCAGAGGUAGAGCUGCACAUGAAAUUGGUGACCGUGUCUCUGAGCUUAUGGCUUUCGCCCAAGGUGCGUGGAACCAGCAGCCACGGGCGUCGUCCCAAGAGGGGAUGCUGCACAGGUCAGCUCUUUUACCACAACUUCCUCGCCAAAGCCCAGCAAGCGAGGGGAAGGACGAGGAGGCCAGGAAAUUCGCGGAGAUGUUAGCGGACGAUUUCAUAUACAGACAGCAGUGUUGCUUCUCAGAAGGUUUUCCUGUGGCGUCAGCAAUAAUGGCAGUUGCAGUGUCAUCAACGCUGGAGGACGGACAUUGCACGGAUCAGCCGGAAUCGAACGAUCAGGAUUGGUAUCUUCCCGGGGACGUCAACAAUCUUGCAAGAGACGGAGCAGAGCCAGGGGUGGAAGACAGCUGGCAAACAGGGCCGCGUCCAAGUGACCGGAAAACUUCUGGGCCUUCUGGGCCUUCCAUUGCCGUGGCGGAGGUCGGCGGCAGACCCGGGAAUCGAGGGUUCACCACGCGGCCUACACAGAGUCUCGAACCAGGCCAAAAGCUUUGCCCAGAGGUUCAGCCAGAGGUUCGAUCUGGGGUUCGGUUAGACUAUCGACCACUGGUUCGUUCAGAAGUUAGGCCAGAGGUUUGGUCACAGGUUCGGUCAGAAAUUCAACCAACGGUUCGGCCUGAGGUUCCGCCAGAGAUUCAGCCAGAGGGUUGGCCAGAGGUUCAACCUCUGGUUCGGUCAGAGGUUCGGCCAGAGAUUCAGCCAGAGGGUCAGUCAGAGGUUCGACCACUGGGUCAGUCAGGGUUUCAGCCAGAGGUUCGACCUCUGGUUUGGUCAGAGGUUCGGCCAGAGGUUCAGCCGGAGGGUCGGUCAGAGGUUCGUCCGGUGGGUCGGUCAGAGGUUUGGCCUGAGGUUUGGUCAGAGAUUCGGCCAGAGGCAAACUCUGAGGGGAUUGAAGGAUGGCUGAAUGGAUCACACUCGAGUGGAGAAACGACUUGUGGACCGGGAGCACCCGUUCGUCAAGCGAAGGAGCAGCUUGUGUCCAGAGGUGAAGGUUGCACACCGAUGCCCACUCCCAAUCUGCCACCGAGUUUUGAGGAAACUGGGGCCUUGGCGGAAGCCCUGGAGAGGACGAUCGCCUUACGAGCUUCCUCAGAGGGCUUGGAAAGGGUCCCAACCUUCCUGCCAUGUCAUGGCUCCACGUGCAUCCGAUCCCUAGCAAUGGACGUGGGUGCCAAUAGCUAUCGCGGGUCUCGAAGCUCUGCCCUUUUGGAAUUCAUGGUGACGUCUGCAGAAGCACUUGGCACACAUGUGCCGCCGGAAAAAAUGUUGAGGAUAACGGAUAAAGGUUUGACCGGAGCUGGAGUGGAAAAUCAAAGUCAAAAUCGGGAGCCCAGUGAUUGCAGGCUGGAAUUGCUGGGAAACGGCUCCGAUAUCAGGCCUGAAAGAGGCUCUGAUCUGGAGACGCCUGUCACCCCCCUGGCAGAGGUUGCAGGAGCAGCUCAGAGGGGUCAAUGCUCGUUGACUAGCGGCCGGAGGAGUCAAUACCAGGCAAUGCGAGAUGUUGACCCCCACAACGAUCAAAUGCUCCAAAAUGACCCCCACAGAAUGAUCGACCCCGAAAGUGACCCUUCUGGGAAAAUGGCUGACCUCUGGCAAAAGGCUGACGCCCCAGACGACACGCGUGAAUUGGUUAAACCUCGAAAUGCCCUCCGUGUAAUGCUUCAUCUCCAGAAUGCCCCUCGGCAAACGGGGGAACCUCCACAAACGGUUGACCCCCAGGAAAUGAUUAACCCCCACUUGCAGCAACUAAAAAUAGCAAAACAGGGGUUAAAAAGGGGAGUAACGGCGAGUGCUCACACCUUGGAAAAAAACGAAGAGAGUCUCUGUGGAUUCGCCUUGAAAUCCAAAGAAGGGUCUCCUAUCGUCCAAAUCCCAGAGGAAGGAAUGGCUAUGGCUUUCCAAGAUGCUUAUCUCCAUGGACUGCAACGGGCUGAUGACCAUGUUACUGGUUCUGCUUGUGGUCCUUGUCCUGGUUCUACUUUUGGUCCUCGUUCUGUUCCCAAUGGCGAUUCUAGUCCUCCUUGUAGUCCUGCACAUGCUCCUGCUCCUGGUCUUAGUUCUGGUCCUGAUUCUAGUCCUGGACAUGCUCCUGUUUCUGGUCGCAGUUGUGGUCCUUCUUAUGGUCCAGAUGCUCUUGUCCCUGGUCCUACUUAUGGUCCUCCUUCUGGUUCUGGACAUACUCCUGUUUCUGGUCUUAAUUAUGAUCACCAUUCGGGUCCUGAAGAUGCACCUGCUCCUGGGCAUGCUCCUGUUCCUGGUCUUAAUUGUGGUCCUGGAUAUGCUCCUGUUCCUGGUCUCGAUUGUGAUCCUACUUCUUCUCCUGGCCAUGCUCCUGCUCCUGGCCUUAGUUGUGAUCGGGAUCUCAGUCCCGAUUCUAUUCCUGGAGAUGGAAGUCGAAGCGGAUUGCACAUCCACAAGGCGCAGGCUAACGUCAACUUCGAAAGAGUACCCAUGUCAUCCCCUGUAACUGUAAAUGAUCCAGUGACCUCAACAAAAUCAAAUUCUCAUGGAACCCUUGGGAUAGGCACUUUCAAGUCUUUUGAUACCAGCAGAUCAUUUCAAGGACCAGGUUCAGUCCAGCUUCCCUCACAAUUUUCCGUGCAAGGAUCUCCAGUCACCUUGGUCUACGCCAAGGACGAUGUGCUUUCACCUCUUUUGUCGAGCAACUCUAGCUUUUUCUCGGCGUUGACGAGCCAGGAUUCUCUUGUCUGCUCUCAGCCCAAGCCUCGGUUUGCUCUUGGUACUAGCCACAAAGCCUGGUGCAAUCUCUCAUGGGCACCACCGUUCUGGACCCCAUCAGUGCCUUCCUUUCCGCCAUCAUGCCCAUCAUCUCUCCUCGCAAUUCCUUCUCUUCAAACCUCUCAGACUAAUGACAGACUCCAGAAAGGAUGUGCCGCAUUCAUUGCAGAGCUGCCGCACCACCAGCAGGCUCCAAUUGCUUCUUCUCAUGACCCCAUUGAAUCCCGCACACUGCGCCUCCAGGAGAGCCUGCAUGACUCUUUUGUGUCUUCUUCAUUGGGUGAAGACUUAGAUGAAGCUUUGCGUGAAGACCCAGUCUUUGUCUCAAUGGCACCGACCAAACAACUUGAUCCCAGUGGCACGCGUUCAAGGAGUGUGAGUCCUCAACGCGAAGUUUCCCGCACCGAUCCAUCGGACCAUGACCGCACAGUGAAUGAGCAGGUUGUCCUUUCUCGGUCUGCAGAACUGUCUGCAGAUCUGACAGCAUGCCGGGCUGAAUGUCAGGCUGUGGACCAGGCCAUCACUCCAGUUCCCUCGUAUAUGCCGGAAAUGUCUCCCUCUUCCCGGAGUGUCCGUUCUGUUGUUCUUCAAGGAUGGUGGCCAGCAUUGGGUUCGGAGUCCUGCUCACACGUGCUUGCCCACGCACCUGAUCUAGAGGGCAUGCUUUUCUCCUCCGCACACCCAGUCGAUGAUGAGGGGCUGCCCUGCACAACUGAUGGUGCUCCAUUGUCUAGUGCCCCCAUCUCCGCCCCUCCAGGACCGACAGGCACAGUGCUAAGCCUGACGAUUCCACGAGCAGGAACCCACAUGGGCGAGACACUAAUGCAGUCUGGUGCAAAUACGUUUCUAGGGAACGCCUUUCCAGUGGCACCUGGAGCGGAUUCAGGCACAUCGCCUCCCAGUCAUGCAGCAAGCUCCUUUGCUGCUGGAGUGCCAUGUCUUGUAAUGCCGGGAACAGAGACACAGAGAUGGGAGAACCUUGUGUUGCCUGGUACACAUGGAGGCACAGGGAACUCCGCUGCAGUUGGAACCAAUUCUGUCCCAUUGCCUCAGACUCAUGCUGCCAUGUCCCCUGCCUCGGGAGCACAAGCAGGCCAAGUGCCAUCCCCUGCAAAUCCAGGAGGAAACCCACAUAGGGCGCUUGUGCUGCCUGGCACAGAUGCACUCUCCGGUAUUUCCGUUGCCGAUGGUCCUGACAUGUAUACCGUUCCGUUGCCCCAGAUUCAUGAUGCAGUAUCCCCUCUUUUGGGAGCCGGAGCAGUUCAAGUGUCAUCUCGUGCAAUUCUACGACAGACAUUUUUCACAGAAUCCGAUGCAGGGAAUUCCCUCUCAGCUGCGCGUGGAACAUACGCAGGUCCAUUGCCUCAGAGUCACAGUGCAAGCUCCACUGCUUUGGGAGGAGAAGCAGGCCAACCGUCACUUCUUGGGAUUCCAGGACCACAUACACACACAAGGAAGACCUCUGCGCUGCCUGACACGGAUGCAUGCGCAGGGAACACUUUUGCAUCUGCACCUGGAAAAAUGGAGACAGCUCUGUCAACGCAGAGUCAUGCCAUGAGAUCCCCUGCUCUGGGAGCAGAAAAAACAGGUCAUCGGCCAUCCAUCGCAAUUCUGGUAACAGAUACAGGGAAGACCAUUGUGCUGCCUGCAGUGCCUGGCACAGAUGCAGGCGCAGUGCACUCCCUUCAAGUUGCAGCUGUACCAGGAACAGAUGCAGGUUCAUUGCCGCCUAGUCAUCCCGGACAUUCUCUCGCUCCUGGAGCGGAAACAGAUGCAAUGCGACGCCUGACGACCCCAGAGGUGUAUGCACAUAUAGGGAAGUUCCGUGUGCUGCCUGGCGCAGAUCACUGCCAAGGGAAAUCCCCUCCAGCUGCACCCGGGACAGAUGCAGCUCUAUUUGCUCUCAGUGAUGCUGAGAGGUCCCCUCCUCCAGGAACAGAAGCAGGCCCUGUGCUUUCUCUUACAUUGACAGAAACGCUUGCACGUACAGAAGAGUCACUUCCACUGCCUGGCCCAGAUUCAGGCCCAGGGUACUCACUGCCAGCUCCAUCUACGACAGCUGCAGUCCCAGCCUGUCUCCUUGCGUCUGGAACAGACAUAGUCUCAGGUCAGCCCUUUGCACCUGGAACAGACGCAGUUCCAGGACAGCGCCUUACACCUGGAACAGCUGCAGUUCCAGCCCAUCCCCUUGGACGUGGAACAGGUACGGAUUCAGGUCAGCCCCUUGGACCUGGAACAGACGCAGUUCCAUGGCACCACCUUACACCUAGAACUGAUGCAGUUCCAGACAUGGUCUCAGGGCAGCCCUUUGCACCUGGAACAGACGCAGUUCCAGGGCAGCAUCUUCCACCUGGAACAGAUGCAGCUCCGGCCCAUCCGCUUGGACCGGGAACAGACACAGUUUCAGGCCAGUCCCUUGCACCUGGAACAGAUGCAGUUCCAGGGCAGCUGCUUAUACGUGGAACAGAUGAAGUUUCAGCCCGUCUCCUUGGACCUGGAACAGGUACGGAUUCACGUCAGCCCCUUGCACCUGCACCUGGAACAGAUGCAGUUCCACAGCAGCGCCUUACACCUGGAACAGAUGCAGUUCCGGGCCAACCACAUAUACCUGGAACAGAUCAAUGGCAGUCCCAAGCACAAUCUGGAAGAGCUACUGAUGCAUGUCUGCACGUUAUGCGAUUCCCAGAACAUCCAACCAAGGAAGAUGGUGGAAAGCUCCUUGCUCCAGCUGGAUCAGAUAGGUGGGAGUCACAUGCACCACAUGGCACAGCAGAGGCAAAGCAAUCUGUUGCUGCAAUAUCAGGGACAUCUGCAGACACUCGGCAGUUCCUUGCACUAGAGAUACCGUAUGGCAAUGCAGGACAGUCAAAUGAGCCCACUCCUGGAAAAGAUACAGAUAAUCCUGGUUUGCUUUCCUCGGCACCUGGAACAGUUCUUUGUCCAUGGGAGUCCUUUCCAGCAGCAACUGGCACAGAUGCAGGUGCAGGCACAGGCACCUUCCUUGCACUGCCGGGAGCAGGGGCACAUGCCGGGGGAGGGUCUUUUCCACCUGCAGCAGCAAUCACAGCACAUAAAGAUACGCCACAAUUGCAUUUAUUGCGGGAACCUACAUCAUUCGCAAAGACGUUUGGACUUCCUUGCACUGUGGGGUAUGAAGUCGCAGAUGCACGGCAGCUGCCUGCAGAAAUACUUGAAGCGGACACCAAUCCAGGGAAAUUGCUUGCACAAGCGCUUCGAACGACAUCGUAUGCAUGGCGACUCCACCCAGCUGCACCUGACACCAUUGAAAAUGCAGAAAGUCGCCCCGUUCUAUCUGCAGAUUCUGCACCUGGAACAAACGUGGGUGCGGGGCAGUUCCUUGCAGUAGUACCUGGAGCAGCUGCUGACCACCUGCCUUGUCCGGCAGGGACACAAAGAGACCUAGCGCAGCCAUCUGAUGUCAGGGAUUCCCUUCACACCCAACUUCUGUCAGCCCUUUGUUCACAGAGAACCCCAGAUAUGGCACCUUCAUCGCCACAACGACAGUCAAUCGACGCAUCACAACUGUUGUCAUCAACAUCAUCUUUAGUACAGUUGUCAUUACAACCUUCUGCAUCAUGUUCGACUCCCGCGUUUUCAGCGUCUGAUCUGAUGACCACCCCUGUGCCGUUCGCAGGGCAGCAAUCGGAACCACGGUCCAAAUCAUCUGCAUUACAAAUGGAGAGAUCAGCUAAGCAGGAGACGUCGCAGUUAUCACUAAUUCAGCCAUCCACACACCAGCUCCUCUUCAGCGCUCUGGCGACACAACCCGUCGCAUUGCCGUCGAUCUCCUUGUGCACAGAAGAAGUUGCUGGGUGGGAGAUGUCAUUACCAUCUUCAAUUCAGCCAUCAUCGGCAAACCUCUCCUGCUCUCCGUCGACGUCAACUCUAUCGGCACAGAAAUGUCCUACCCAACCCUCAACGUCAUCACCACUCUCAUCUGUGACAUAUUUUUCUUGGGAGCAACUGUCCGAAGCAAUAAAGGAAUUGAUCGCUGAACACUCAAGGCGUUCAUUGUCGUUGCACCUGUCAUCUUCCUCCUCCUCGGAAGGCUUCUUCUCAUGCACAAACCUAUCCAGUCCCGCCUUGCGUGCACCAUCGGCAGCCUUACAGCCCUUGGCUCGAAACGUGAACCCGUGUUUGACCACUCACUCAAUCGAACGACAGUUAGCUCCACCAUUCACACCAACAGAACAGUCAGCUUUCCCUUCCUCCUCCUCCUCCUCAUCCUCCUCUUCCUCUUUAUCCAUUGCCGAUGUGGCUGUUUGCCUGUCCAUGUCCUCCUCAGGCACUUCGUCAAUGUGUAUGAUGACAUCACAGUUGGACACCUCCUUGCUGUCACAAUGCCUCUGUUCACCGUUAUCUCUUCAAGAGCUUCAGCCACAGCAACUAUGGCAAUCAAUGUCUUCGCUGUCAGCUCCGUCAACAACUCACAGCACUCUGCCUUCACAUCCCUCGUCUCUUACGUCUCCUCCUCUAUCCUCUUCGGGAGGUAUCCUACAUACUCUCGGGCUGAGUUCGUGUACCGUGGCAGCGGCAUCGCAACUCGAAAUGCAACCUGUACCUCCCAAAACGGUCAUGGUGAUAGAUGCACAACCAUCACUGCAGCCAUCAUCGUAUUCCCACCAUUCAUCGGGAACCACGUCUCACUCUGCGAUCCAAUCCAUUCAAACUGAAGCUGGAGUCGAUCUCCCUGCCUCUGGCAACGGGAACCCGUCGAUUUCAUCUCUGACUGAAGUGGAUGUCAGUGCAGGCGACCAGUGUGCUCAUGCCCAGACUCUGUCAGAGACGUCUGUUACGCUUCUAAGUCUUCUUCAUAUUCCUUCUCCUGCGGUUCGAACCACACCUCACAUCGAAAUCCAUUCAAUUCAAUCUGCACCUGGAGUCGAUGUGACGACCACCUCUCAGCGCUCUCACAUUCGGAUCCCAUCAAGUCAUUCUGCAGCUGAGAUAAACACCGAUUCGAUCAACCAGUUUGUUCAAGUACGGAGUCUGUUGGAGACCUCGGACCCUCUUCCUCAUCUUCCUUAUUCUGCCGCGAGAACCACCUCUUACGCUGGGAGUUUAUCGAUUCAAUAUGCACCUGGAGUUGUUGUCAAGACCCCCUCUCAUAUUGAGAUCCCAUCAACUAAAUCUGUGGCCGAAGAGGGUGCCAAUUCAAUCAACCAGUGGGAUCACUCCCCGAGUCGGACGGGGAAGACGUCUGUCACGCUUCUUGAUCUUUCUUCUCCUGUAGUAGGCGAGGUAUUGCAGCUGUCGCACUCUGACGUUCAAUAUCCUCCUUGUAGCUCCCCGAGUCUGCCGGAAAUGUCUGUCAUGCUGCUUGAUCUUUCUUCUCCUGUAGUAAGCCAGGUUUUGCAGCUGUCGCACUCCGACGAUCGAUGUCCUCCUUGUGCUAACCCUCGAGAAGCAACUGACAGCGCUCGGGACAAGUUCACAGGCCAGACAUUCGAGAACCUAGUCGAUGAAGCUGCAUGUGGCCUUCUCUCCAACCCAGCGGAGACAGUGCAAGGAUUGCUCCAACCUGCCACCAAUCACUGCCUUUCGCUGUCACCAGGGCAAGCUUUUCAGUCGGCGGAUUCUGUGAUAACCUCUCUGACACAAGGGCAAGCUUUCGGGUUGCCAGUUACCGCAGUAACAACUCAUAGGAAGUGCCUACCUCCCACGUUGGGAGAAAGUAACAAUCCCCUGGUGUUCUAUGAUCUAGCAGCGCAGAUGAUCUUUCCCGGCGAUGAAGUUGCUUGUAUUUCCGAGGUCUCGACUGCAUCACUGACGACUGCCUUGGGUGAACUCCCAUCGGCAGGACAUGAAGAUCCAUGCGCUGGAAAAUUACCACCACCCCAACCCCAGUCCGUGGAAAAUGGACCAUAUGGACCCCAACGUGAUCCUGAAAGCGCUUCUCCUCUCCUUGGCUUCAUCGUUCCCCCCCAACCCUCCUCAGCUGGCUAUCUUACGGCAAUGUCCGGAUGGACUUUGCCAGCUGAAACUCUAAGUCAUCUCCGUAGUGAUCCCAUACAUGCUUCACAGCCUUAUACAAGAGCAAUCACGCCAGACUACCAGCACAAGACUGAGUCAAAGGAGGAGGGUCCAACAACUUCCUCGCCAUUGCCUACCUCCCAAUCCCAUCAAGAAGGAGGAUGUGGAGGAGGAGGAGGAGGGGGAGGGGGAGGGGGAGGGGGAGGGGUCCCCCGAGACCGGCGUUCACAGGACUCCUUCACUGUGGCUUCUGAGUGUGCUCGGUUACCUCGGAGUACCUGCACUCCCACUCAGCCGAUCGAGGCUUAUGACAGUCUGAAUCUGUCUGACAGUCACCAGUUAAGUUCUCAGUGCAUGGAGGGUGGUGCCUAUGAAUUGCCAUAUCUGCCUUCUUGGCAACAGAAUUUCACAGAAAGGAUAGCAUGGCCUGUUCCCACACCAUCUUCUUUGUCCUCACCUGCUCCACUGUUCUCUCUCUCUUCGCCGCUUUGUCAAGACGACUUGUUUGUGAAGUCCCCUCCUCCUACGACUACUACAUCUUCUCCGAUUCUGUCUCUGCACCUCUGCUCUCCCUCGGGUACGCCCUAUGGCGAGCUGGAGUCACCAUUCUCCCUCUCAAAUGUGACGAGGAGUGUCACACAGAGUGUCACACAUCUGACCUCUUCCGCCCCGACAACUCCAUCGACAGAAGGAUGCUUCUUUGAUACCUGGGACUCGCUGCACGUCAGCGAAAGAACAGCCUUUUCCCCUCUUCAGCGACCUGACUCCCAGUUGAUAUGUCAACGCUGUGCUGCUGUCCUUGUCUCUAGAGCUUCCCAGACAGUCAGCCGGUUCUCUGACUUGCAGCGAUCUGCUCAACAGGGACUGACACUUUGCAGCACAGUGACUGUCCUUAACUCCACCGACCCGAACACAGUCAGCAGCUCUGUCGGGAUCAGGUUGCCAUCAUACCAGGCUCAUCCCGGAGGGCAAGAACUCAGUCUCGCAAAUCACGAUCUCCCUGGUUCGUAUGGGGAGCGAAUCCGCGCCAGUGCUCCAUGGAACCACUCCUCGCAGGAGGAGGAGAAUCACCAGUUGUUUACCCAGUUUGCAUCAGCCGUUAGGAAAGAGGACGUCAGCUGUUCGACCCCCGGGAAGAUCGUGUCUGUCGGGGCUAAGGUGGAGUCAGGGAACCCUGUGUCUUCUCCGGGCUUCGUCAAGGAAUCAGAAUCUCUUCCACUUCCACAGAGUGGACCAGCAAUUGCACCUCUAUUGCCACCACCGCCAUCUACGUUGGCGACACGUCAUCCGCAGGAUGCUGCACCAUGUUCAUUGUCCUCAUGGAGUUGUCUGCACGUGUCAGUAUCACCGCCCUGCCCGGAUCAAACGGCCCUCGCUCACACAUACCCAUGUGUUGCAGGGCUUCCUCCUCCUCUGCCUCCUGCUGCUCCUCACUCAGCUCCUUCUUCUCCUGCUCCUCCUUUGCCUCCUUCCCCUUCUUCUUCCCCCCUCCUUCCUGUUUCCACUUCCCACCCUUCCUGUUUGUCAAAUGCCCAGCAACUGCCUCCGACCGCUGCCCUUCCGCAAUUUCCUGCAGUCCUACACAAUCGCUUAACGGCCACCACCAUCGACUCUUCAGAAGUUAAGGUAGAAAUUGCCACGAUCUCUCCUCCUCCUCCUCUGCCUCCUCCUCUUUUUGACCCAGUCUCUCCCAGACUCCCAUCAGUUGCCCAAGGGGGGCGAACUGUCGAUGAGUUCGGGAUACCAUCUACUCUUAUGUCAUCUACAUGCGCUUGGAUAGAGGAUCACUCUGCUGCAGCUGAUGUACGAGGAGGAGAAGGAGAAGGAGAAGGAGAAGGAGAAGGAGAAGGAGAAGGAAUGCAGGAGCUUUCACUGACCCUUCAUGGGUGCGCCGAGCACCAUACCGCCACCACUUCCUCCUCUAGAUCGCUCUUUUCAUCGUCAUCGACCUCAUCUUUGCUAGGACUGCAAAGCCGCUCAGCACUCCCGCCCUCAUGCUCUGUAAUCCCUAUCAUAUCGAAAACAGCAAUGCAGGUAUAUAAUCACUACAGCGAAGAAGAAGAUCAAGAGCAAGAGGAGAAGAGAGAAUAUAUCGACAAGGGAGGUGGUCAUAUUACCGUUAAAGAUGAAGGGCAAUUAUGUCUCAGUGGAAAGGAGAAACUUCCCAAUAGCAUUCGAGGGAGGGCCUGGACUUUGGCAGCUUGGCCUCCAACGACUGUCGUGACUCAUCUCCGUUCCUGUAGGAAAUUCCAUUCCACGUAUGAAGAGAAGGACGCCAGGAUCAAAUCCUGUACCAGGAUAGAUGAGGACCAAAAAUCCAGGAACAGAUCCAAGAUGUCGCUAGAAGAAGAGCAGAGGCAAGGCUGGAGACUCUGCACUUCCAGCACCAGGUUCAAAGAACAACAGCAGGCGAACGAAUCGCCGCCGACCAGAUCUGAAGAGGAUGAGCAAUCAAGGAACCAAACUUGGACCAGGUUCAAAGAAUGCCGGACCAGGACCAGGUUCAAAGAACAACGGCGGGCAAACGAAUUGCCCCCGAUCAGAUCUGAAGAGAAGGAGCAAGCAAGGAACCAAACUCUCACCAGGUUCAAGGAAUCACCAGUCAGGAAGAGUGAAGACGAAUAUGGAAGCAACCAAAUUUGGACCAGGUUCGAAGAAUGCCAGACCAAAACUCGGACCAGGUUCAAAGAACAACAGAGGGAAAACGAAUCACUGCCGACCAGAUCUGAAGAGGAGGAGGAGCAAGCAAGGAACCAAACUCUCACCAGGUUCGAGGAAUCACCAGUCAGGAGGAGUGCCGACGAACAAAGAAGGAACCAAACUUGGACCAGGUUCGAGGAAUCCUCAGCUAGGAACAUAUCCAGGACCAGGUUUGAAGACCGAGGUGGAGGAGGAAGAAAAAAGCAAUCAUUGGCGAGGCUCGAACUCCGACAGCAACAGACAAGUAAGAAGCAGAACAGCGAGCUUGCGUGGCAGUCUCCCAUUUCACCCUCUCCCAUUUCUCCCAUGCUACCAAGCGUUGAGCAGACGGAGCGCAUUGAGUUUGAGCUGGAGGUUGUCACCCAACAACUGAUUCAACGAGUAAGCAACGGAGUGGGCGACAUGAUCGAGUGCGAGGGGACAUCGCCUGCAAAUCUUGCUUCGCACAUAUUGCCGUGGUCAUGUGCUUUUGGCCAGGAUCUCAUCGCCGCUGCUGCUGCCGAGCAAGAGCUGCAAGCUGCAAAGCUGCAGGUAACUGCAGUCGCCUCACCAGCAGUCGACCCUGUGCCUCGACGAGUAGAAAACGGUGGAACUCUUACUAGGCAGGAAGGAGCGAGCAACCAGCAUCAAGAUAAACCUCGAAAGGGUGGCCAGUCUAUCUUCCGUGCUUACAAUUCUCACAAUAAUCAGUGCGAAGAUAAACCUCGAAAGGGUGGUCGGUCUGUCUCCCUCGCUCCUAAUUUUCAUGAUCAUCGUGACGAUGGAGUUUUCAAUGAGGUUGAGGUUAACUCAUCUCGGGAAAGUUGUAGUGUCCGACCUCCAGGGCAGAUCUAUCAGAAAGACGACGUCUUUGGAAGUCUUCUCUCAGAACCUUCUGCCACUGUAACCCACACUUCUGCUGCAGCAGCUGCUGCUCAGCUCCCACGAGCCUGGCCAUCCCAUCAACAUGGACAAGGCCAUGGCAAUGGCGAUGGCGAUGGCCAUGGAACUGGAACCAGAACUGGAACUGGAAAUGGAACUGACAGUGGAACUGGAACUUGGGAUGGAACUGGGACUGGUGAUGCAACUGGCUAUGGCUAUGGAACUAAGGAUGGGACUGGAAUUGGAACUGGAACUGACUAUGGAACUGGAACUUGCUAUGAAACUGGGACUAAUGAUGGAACUGGCAAUGGCUAUGGAACUAAGGAUGGAACUGGAACUAGAACUGGGACUGGAACUGCAACUGGAACUGGAACUGGAACUGGGACUGCAGCCGGUGAUGAAGAUGGAACUGAAACUGAAGAUGGAACUGGAACUGGCAAAGGAGAGGGAGCUGACGAUGGCAGGCGGAAGAACCAUGGCAUCCGUGACCUUCAGCAGUUGCGAGGGCGGCCAAACCCAUCUUCGUCGCAUUCGGUGAUCACCGUGUUGUUUCCCUUUCGUGCAGACGAAGCUGGUGCUUACACUGCUCCUCCUCCUGUGUCACCGUCGUCCCCCUCGCAAGCUCGAGACAGCCGCUACCACAUGCCACGAGCUUGGCACAGCCGUCCGAUGACACAAAGUCCUGAUCGGGAUCGGGAUGUCCGCCCCACGACAUCUCCCUCGCGGUCCGCUUCGUGGUCAUCGGCCGUUCUGUCGUCUUCUGCGUCAUUGCCGUUGCCAUCUUCACGUGAUACCGAAAUCUCCGACGAAUGUUCAACUGCAAGUCAUCACGAACAAGGAGAGAGGUUUUCCAAAAAAGGAAACUUUGUCUCCCGAUUGUUCAGGUCGUUAUGGAAGAAGAAAGCCCACAAGAAGGAUCAUGAUGGUCAACAUGGCCAUGGCCAUGGCCAGGCUCAGUCGGCCAUCGUCGGUCUGAGAGAGAUCGUGACGGAGAUGAACGAUCCUGACCCGAGGGGCCAGGUCGAUCAGAGAGGAAGCGACAUAAUGAUUUCUCCUCACACAACGACAUCACCUCCUCAUCUGCGUAAGGGAGCUCUGCCUGGCGAUGGAUAUGGCGGAAAGCAAGGACGACACUCGACGACUUUGUCGUCUUCGUCUGUCAUCAGAGGUACAAGGCGACGGCAACUGAAGGGUAACGGCAUCCAUAGCCAAGAAAAAUGCAGCUCCAGACACUAUCAAGGGGAGAAGAAAGUAGAUUAUGAUGUUGAUGACGAAGACGGGUUCGGGAUCAGGAGCGGGAGCGGGAUCGGGAUCGGGAUCGGGAUCGAGACGAAUGAUAAGCCUGUCUCGCGCAGCAAGGCGAGCAGAGGAGCAGCGGUUGUGACCAUUCAUGAGCGGUCGAGACAGAGCGCCGUUGACCGCCAUAUCCAAGCAGAAGUGGAAGAAGCAGAGUACGAAGGAGAAAUUCUAGAAGAAGAAGAAGAAGAAGAAGAAGAAGAAGAAGAAGAAGAAGAAGAAGAAGAAGAAGAAGAAGAAGAGGAGGAGGAGGAGGAGGAGGAGAUCUCGCAGUCACCACAGCUACCACAUCACUCUCCUCGGCGGUGGCCUCCAGGAUUCGGGAGUUUUCGACAGGGUUUCGUGUCCAGCUGGUCGAGAAAAGAGAAGAGAGAGGAAGCCCGGAAGGAUGCCUUCAAAAUGUUGGUGGAUGGCGAGUAGUGCAACUAGGCCCUCAAAGAACUGGCUAUGGCGACCAGAGCCAGGCGAGGCGA